CUCAAGCGCAGAUGGCGAGGCACGCUUCGACGAGAGCAUUGUGCGCGAGGCCUUGCAGCGCAUCACUGGCGCGCCGCAAUAGAGGGGCCUUGACCCUUGAGCAGGGGCGAGGAGGGGCUGUGCCGCCUGGACCUGAGCCGAGAGAAGCGUCCGUGAGGGCUUUUGCGCGUGAGAUAGAUGGAUCCGAUGCAGGGGCGCGUCAGCUUCAUCAGCGAGCCCUGAUGAGAUGCUCGGACUCGGCCCGACUCCUGGCGCCGCCUGGGCCCUGGCGCAGGCAGCCACAUCUCGCCUCAGGGUGCAGGCCCGGCUGCUAUUUUCGGGCGCUUCAAGCAGGCCAGAUGAGCUUUUAAGGUGCCUCGAUCUCGCAGAAGCUGCGAGCUACACCUGCCCCCUCGCUGUCAGGAGCGGCGCUCCUGCCCCUUGUCCCGCUUGCAGGCGGCCGCGCGCACGCGCAGCCCUCAGAUUGCAGCCGCAGCAGCGACGUUCAAGCUGCUCCAUCUUCGGCGCCAUCUCGGCGGGGUUCGGCAGCUGUGCCGAGGAGACAUUCGUGCCGCCGGGCGCAGGUGCCAUUUGCCCCCCUGUGCAAGGCUGCAUCUGGGCCCUGAGCUGGCGGCGUGCCGAGCUCCGUGGCGGCGUGCCUCCACAGCAGCCCGAGCGCAGCCGCGCGCGAGGCGGUGCGCGUGCGCUCGGACCUUGCAGGCGCGUGCGCUGCGGCUGGCGCGCGGAGAGCAACACUCUCGCUCCUGCCUCCUCACCGCUCACUCUGCCGCAUGCUUCACCUGCGUCGGGUCACACAAGCCCUGUCUCUAUCCGCUCGUGAGCAUCCGCUGCUAGCUACUGCUCUCCUGAGCGCUCCGCUUUUCCUGCUGCUCCUCUUCUCUGCGCUCGCUUCGAACGCGCAUCCGUCGCAUCAC